GGCCGUUUGCGCGAGGGUUCUCAAUACGCCGCGCCACGGAGUUUGCACCCUGGUCGUGGACUGACUCUAAUGCCUGUUCACGGUUUGAACGUCUGGUCAAUGGUCCAUCACGACAGUCUGGUGUUGACACGGAAGGCGCUGGACAUUCUAGAAGCACGUCUACUUGCUGCACAGCGUCGGAUUAUCCGUUCAAGCUCGGCUGUUGAAUGGCGCCCUCCAUUGGCCGGCGAUUGGUUGGUGGGACGAGAUCACGCGGCUGAUAGGGCUCAUCCUCCUGAGCGUCACUUUUCCGAAUUGUUAGGCGAUCCUGAGGAGUUGAGACAGAAAUUGCAGUAA